AUGGCGGACGUCAAGAGCAAGGAUUCUGACCGCGAGCCUGAUCCACCUACAAAGGCCAUUGACAAGCCAGCCGCUCGUCACGGUAAACGCGAUGCGCCAAAGGAAGCCCCAGCUGCUCCCGCCGAACGCGCGACUGUAGCUCCCCGCGGUCGUGGUGGUCAUCGUGGAGGUGGCUUCAGUGCCAAUGAAGCAGCUUUCCGCGACAGAGCCACAGGCAGGGGGUACAAUCGUGACCAGCCCACCGAGGGUGGUGGCGAGGAUGGCCACGGCAAUCGUGUUGGUCGCGAUCGAGGCCCUGGCGCGCAACGUUACGGUCGCGGUCCGCGUGGACCUCGUCGGGGUGGUGACCGCCACAGUCGUACUGGUAUAGCCAAUCACCCGAAACAAGAGGGACAUGGAUGGGGUGAAAGCACUGGCGACGGCGAAUGGGCCGAUGAAAAGGCGGGCGAAGCCUUGGCAAAAGAAGAAGAAAAGCAAGGUGGAUGGGAUGCUGGCGCCCAGAACCCAGCGUGGAACGAAAAUGCUGAACCGACCACUAUUCCCGAAGGUGGUGAGGCUGUUCAAGACUCGGUCCCAGCAGAGCCGGAGGCAGAAGAGCCUCAGGAUCACCACAAGUCGUAUGCCGACUAUCUGGCCGAGCAAGCUGCCAAGAGGAUGGAAGGCCUCGGUCUCAAGGAAGCUCGUCAACCGAACGAAGGGGUAAAGGAUAACAAGAAAUGGACCGCGGCGAAAGAGCUAACUAGAGCUGAAGGCGAGGACUACUUCAAGGGUGAAGAGAAGGGCAGGCGUGAACGUGAGCGUGCACAGAAGAAGGAGUUCCUCGACAUCGACUACAGCUUCAAAGAGCAGCCUCGUGAGUCUCGUGGCCGUGGAGGCGGCCGUGGAGGCGGCCGAGGACGAGGAGGCGAUCGUGGGGACUUCCGUGGCGGCCGUGGGCGAGGACGUGGCGACCGUGGUGAGACCCGUGGGCGAGGCCGUGGUGGCCGCGGAGACGGUCCCCCGGUUGCAGUCGACGACGAAUCUGCUUUCCCUAGCUUGGGUGGAAAGUAA